CAGCCGAUCCCCGCUUCAAUCAUUCUCCUUAUCCAUAAUAUCACGCUAAGAACAGUAGAAUAACCUAUGAAUUCCCCAGCUUUAAAGCUUAAACUCAUUCUAAAAUAAGCUUUCACCGUUGCGUUUAGUCUUUUGUAAAAUGGUAGUAUAAAUUAUGCAAUGGCUGCCGAUCCUUUCUUCUUCGCCUCUCUUGAAGCUCGCUCCAUGAGUUUUCCCAGCUGCAACAACUCACUCUUCUGGAGCUUCCGCUUCCCUCAAUUGCAUUUUCACACACUUCGCUUCUCUCCUCCCAAACUUAAAUUCAAUCACCAGUUCGUCGUUUCCAAGUGCUCAAGUUCCGAUUCCGUUUCUGCUGAUGUAGAUAUCAUUUCAGCAACCGAGCAUUCUGAUGGCAGCGUUAUCUUCCGGUUUGGAAAUGCGAGUGAAAUGGCAAUAAUUGAAGAUCAAACGCAAACAACCGAUGAAAGUGCUAAGGUUGUUGCCAAAGUUGGUGGCAAAGAUUUGGACAAGGUAGAUAAGAGCAGUAUUAAAGCGGUUGGUGUUUCUGAUGGAGAUGCUGCAGCUGUGGAACCUAUGAAGAAGAAAGUUGGCCGUAAUUUUCAGGUUAAAUCUCAACCUAAGAGAAAACUAAGACGAAAUGCAACCAAAGUAACUGAAGUUGUUAAAGAGAAACCUGCCUCUGUUGUCAGUGAUGACAGAAAGGUUGAGAAAAAAUCAGUUGAUUCUUCUAAGAAUAUAAAUACUAAAGAUCAACUUGAUGAGCUUGGGGAUGUUGUAAAAGUAGAAAAUAAUGUUGUCCCCAAGGAAAAUGGUGAGUGCAUUAGUAAAACUGAGGGUUCUAGUAAAUUGAAUGUGGCAUUAGAUCAGGAAUUAGUUCAUCAUGUAGAAAUGGUUUCUACUCCAUUGACAGCUUCUGUUGUUGAAAGUGAAACUACUACUCUAUUAGGUUCACCAGAGUUGGGUUCCAAAGUUGAAGUGCCCCAUGGUGUUAAGUUACAGGAGUCAAAUAAGGGUGGUUCUGAAGGAAGUGGUGAGAAUGAUGGUAAAACUGAGGAUACUGCUCUGAAUAUGGUAUCAGAGAUGGAUUUAGCUCCUGAUAUAGAAAAGGUUUCUCCCCCACUGGGAGCUUCUGAUAUUGGAAGUGAAAUUACAACUGAAUCGGCUCCUUCAGAGUCUGGUUUGGAAAGUGAAGUUCCCCACAGUGUUAAGUUGGAAGAAGAAGAAAACGCUGGUGCUGAGGAAAAUGGUGAGGGGUUUGGUAAAAUUGAGUGUACUAUUUUGAAUACAGAGUCUAAGAUGGCUUUAGUUCUUGAUACAGAAAAGGCUGCGCUUCCACUUGAAGUUUCUGCUAUUGAAAGUGAAAUUACAACUGAAUUAGCUCCUUCAGAGUCCAGUUCCAAAAGUGAAGUUCCCCACAGUGUUAAGUUGGAAGAGGAUGAAAAUGCUGGUGCUGAGGAAAAAGGUGAGGGAAUUGGUAAAAUUGAAUGUUCUAUUUUGAAUACAGAGUCUAAGAUGGCUUUAGUUCCUGAUACAGAAAAGGCUUCUCCUCCACUGGAAGCUUUUGCUAUUGAAAGUGAAACUACAACUGCAUUAGCUCCUUCAGAGUCCAGUUCCAAAAGUAAAGUUCCCCAGAGUGUUCAGUUGGAAAAGGAAGAAAAUACUGGUGCUGAGGAAGAAGGUGAGGGAAUUGGUAAAAUUGAGUUUACAAUUUUGAAUACGGAGUCUAAGAUAGCUUUAGUUACUGAUACAGAAAAGGCUUCUCCUCCACUGGAAGCUUCUGCCAUUGAAAGUGAAAUUACAACUGAAUCAGCUCCUUUAGAGUCCGGUUCCAAAAGUGAAGAUCCCCAGAGUGUUAAGUUGGAAGAGGAAGAAGACACUAGUGCUGAGGAAAAAGGUGAAAGAAUUGGUAAAUUUGAGUGUACUACUUCGAAUAUGGAGUCUAAGAUGGCUUUAGUUCCUGAUUUAGAAAAGGCUUCUCCUCCAUUGGAAGCUCCUGCUAGUGGAAGUGAAACUAGAACUGAAUUAGCUUCUUUAGAGCUUAGUUCCAAAAGCGAAGUUUCUCACAGUGUUAAUCUGGAGGAGGAAGAAAAUAGUGGUGCCGGGGAAAAUGGUGAGAGAAUUGGUAAAAUUGAAAGUAUUACUUUGAAUAUGGAAUCUAAGAUGGACUUAGCAGUGGGAGAGGUUUGUGCUCAAGUAGCAGAUUCUGAAAAUAGCAUUGAAAGUGAAAUUGAAAUUCAAUCUACUUCUUUAGGAGCCUGCUCCAAUAUUGAAAUGCCUAAUAAUCUUGAGUUCCAGGAAAGCGGAAAGGAUGAUGCUGGUGAAGAAGUUGCUCAAAAAUCUGUGCCUUCCAAAGAACAUAGCAAUGAAGAAAGCAUAAAUGCAUCAAAAAUGUUAGUGAUGAUAGAGGAUGCGACUGAAGGUGAAGUUGGUGAAAUUAAGUUGAACUCCACUUUAUCUGAGGUUGAGUCAGUUCUCAAUGAGGCCACAGUCCAUACAACAACGAAUCAAUCUGUUGAUAGUGACAUAGUCAAGAGCUCAAAAAUGUUGGAUGAGGGUGUGGCUUUCUCAAUUUCCCAAGCAGAGAUAACUGAGGCUGAUGCACAAAGUGAUAACAAAGUCAGACAGCUGACAAUGCUUAAAGGUGUAGAGUUACAGUCUGGUGGAACUUUGGAAAGGGAGGAAAUCUCAACAGCAGGAUUUUUCUUAUAUUCUGGUGCUGCUCUGUUGCCAAAUCCGACUAAGGCCUUCGCAGGUGGAGAGGAUGCUUAUUUUAUUUCCUGCCAGAAUUGGCUAGGUGUUGCUGAUGGACUUGGUCAGUGGUCAUUUGAAGGGAUUAGUGUUGGAGUAUAUGCAAAAGAACUUAUGGAAAACUGUGAAAGAAUUGUGUCUGAUAGAAAUGGAGUUCCAAUAACUGACCCAGUUGAGAUCCUUAAUAGAGCUGCAGCAAAUACUCAAUCUUGUGGUUCGUCUACGGUUUUGGUUGCUUACUUUGAUGAUCAGGCUCUCCAUGUGGCAAAUAUUGGUGAUUCAGGCUUCAUGAUCAUAAGAAACGGUGCUGUGUUUAAGAGGUCUUCUCCGAUGGUUUAUGAGUUGGCUUUUCCUGUACAGAUUGCAAGAGGAGAUCAACCCUCUGACUUUGUAGAGGUUUACAAAGUUGAAUUGUAUGAAAAAGAUGUGAUUAUCACUGCAACUGAUGGACUUUUUGAUAAUCUUUACGAGCGAGAUAUAGUUUCAAUUGUCUCCAAAUCAUUGCAAGAGAGUUUAAGGCCCCAGGAAAUAGCAGAACUCUUGGCAACUAGAGCGCAAGAGGUUGGUCAGUUAUCAUUGGUGAGGAGCCCAUUGUCAGAUGAAGUGCAGGCAGCUGGAUACGUGGGAUAUAGGGGCGGCAAGCUUGAUGAUGUUACUGUUAUUGUGUCAUUGGUGAAAAGGCGAUUCAGUAAUCAUGCACAGAGCUAAGACAGCCAUUCCUUGGGGGCCAUGGGCUGCCAUGGGUAUAUGUCGUCUAGCCUUCUGCUGAUAACACAAUAAUUGAACUUGAGUUGGCACUGCACCUAGGAAGAUAUUUUGACUUGGAUUAUCGACAUAAGCUUGUUGGCCUGCAAAUAACAUGGAGAUCUUUGAGAAAUAAUACAAGGGAUGGAUGGGAGGCUGUAUAAAAUUUAGAUUUAAGUUUAUUUAUAUCUUCGUACCUACCGUUUAUCCUGAAUCCUUUGAUAACCUUAUUGAAUGAUCAUUCGAUCAUAUCAUAUAUUUCAGCUUGAAAUUGGUGUAGUAUAA